CGCUGGCUGGCCGACUGGCUGGCUGCUGGAGCGGGCGGCAGAGGGAGCGGAGGGAGCGCGCGGCCCGGGGGACUUGCAUUCCCCGGUCCCCCCUCCGCCCCACGCGGCUGGGCCAUGGACGCCAGAUGGUGGGCAGUAGUGGUGCUCGCCACGCUCCCUUCCUUGGGAGCAGGUGGAGAGUCACCCGAAGCCCCUCCGCAGUCCUGGACACAACUGUGGCUCUUCCGCUUUUUGUUGAAUGUAGCUGGCUAUGCCAGCUUUAUGGUACCUGGCUACCUCCUGGUGCAGUACUUAAGAAGGAAGAACUACCUGGAGACAGGCAGAGGUCUCUGCUUCCCUCUGGUGAAAGCCUGUGUGUUUGGUAAUGAGCCCAAGGCUCCUGAUGAGGUCCCCCUGGCUCCCCGGACAGAGACAGCGGACUCCACCCCGUCUUGGCAGAUCCUGAAGCUGGCCUUCUGUGCGUCGGGGCUCCAGGUGUCCUAUCUGACUUGGGGUGUACUGCAGGAAAGAGUGAUGACCGGAAGCUAUGGGGCCACAGCCACAUCGCCAGGCGAGCAUUUCACAGACUCCCAGUUCCUGGUGCUAAUGAACCGCGUGCUGGCACUGGUCGUGGCUGGCCUCUGCUGUGUCCUGCGCAAGCAGCCCCGUCACGGUGCACCCAUGUACCGCUACUCCUUUGCUAGUCUGUCAAAUGUGCUGAGCAGCUGGUGCCAGUACGAAGCACUUAAGUUUGUCAGCUUCCCUACCCAGGUGCUGGCAAAGGCCUCCAAGGUGAUUCCUGUCAUGAUGAUGGGAAAACUGGUAUCUCGGCGCAGCUAUGAACACUGGGAAUACCUGACUGCCGGCCUCAUCUCCAUUGGAGUUAGCAUGUUUCUUCUGUCGAGUGGACCAGAGCCCCGAAGCUCUCCAGCCACCACACUCUCUGGCUUGGUCCUGCUGGCAGGCUAUAUUGCUUUCGACAGCUUCACCUCAAACUGGCAGGAUGCCCUGUUUGCCUAUAAGAUGUCAUCAGUGCAGAUGAUGUUUGGGGUCAAUUUAUUCUCCUGUCUUUUCACAGUAGGCUCACUACUGGAACAGGGGGCCCUACUGGAGGGGGCGCGCUUCAUGGGGCGACACAGUGAGUUUGCGCUCCAUGCCCUCCUCCUCUCAGUCUGCUCUGCCUUCGGUCAGCUCUUCAUCUUCUACACCAUCGGACAGUUCGGAGCUGCUGUCUUCACCAUCAUCAUGACUCUGCGCCAGGCUAUUGCCAUCCUCCUCUCCUGCCUCCUCUAUGGCCAUACUGUCACCGUGGUGGGGGGACUGGGAGUAGCUGUGGUAUUCUCUGCCCUUCUACUCAGAGUCUAUGCCCGGGGCCGGAAGCAGCGGGGAAAGAAGGCUGUGCCCACAGAGCCCCCAGUGCAGAAGGUGUGAGAACCUUCUAUUCUCAUCUUCUGAGGCACUGGCUCAAGGGCAAAUAUUCCCAGUAUCUCAGCAUACAGCGGGAGUUGCAGCCCUGGUGGCAGCCUUUCACCUUGCCUUAAGAGCCCUUCAUGGAAGUGAUAGCUGUGGGCAUUGGGUCCAAGGAAACCCAGAGCUCCGCUGCAAUCCUGACUUAGUGGGGAGCCAGGUAAACCACCAGCACCAGGGCUUUGCUCAUUCCCUUUAACACGCCCCCCAGGCUGCCAGGCACCAGCUGGGAAGAGAAUUGUUUACAGGCCACCAGUUCCUUCCCUAGGGGCUAGUGAGCAAGGGGCUGUCUGGGCAGAAGAGAUAGGGGGUCCCCAGGGUUCCUUGAGCAAGUUUUGGUACUUGGAAAUGUCACCUUUGCUCUUAUUUGAUUAAACUGCAGCAGUGACUUUG